ACAAGUAAUUGAGUAACGUAUACUCAUCUCCUAAAAUGAAGAUGGCUUUUGGUUUAUGCACCAUAUUUCUUGUGUUUACGUGGGCUUCGGUUGCGCACGCAUCGGACCCAAGCCAACUUCAGGAUUUCUGCGUUGCUGUUCCCGAUGCCAAAAAUGCUGUUCUUGUGAAUGGGAGGUUUUGCAAAAACCCGAACAUGGUGGUUGCGGAGGAUUUCCUUUUCCAGGGUCUAAACAAGGCCGGAAACACAUCCAAUCAGCUCGGAUCAGCUGUGACUCCGGUCAACGUCAACCAGCUCGAAGGCCUCAACACUCUCGGCGUUUCCAUGGCUCGCCUUGACUUCGCCCCUUAUGGGAUCAACCCACCCCACACCCACCCGCGUGCCACCGAGGCCUUCCUCUUGGUGGAAGGCACUCUCUACGUGGGGUUCGUCACUUCCAACCCGGCCGACCCUGCCCAGAAGAACAAGCUCUUUACCAAGUAUUUGUACCCCGGAGAUGUGUUCGUCUUCCCACAAGGUCUCAUCCACUUCCAGUUCAACGUCGGAAAGACUAACGCCGUUGCAUUUGCUAGCUUCGGCAGCCAGAACCCGGGUACUAUAACCAUUGCCAACGCGGUGUUCGGGUCGGACCCCAAGAUCAACCCGGAUGUGUUGGCUAAGGCUUUCCGGGUUGAGAAAAACAUCAUCGAUUACCUUCAGGCUCAGUUCUGGCCCAACAAUAACUAAGAUAGACACACAUUUUUAAUCCAAUCAAUUUUACAUUUUUUAC